AUGUCGCAAGAUAAGCCAUUGCCGUUUAUCUACCAGUUCGCUGCAGGUGCAGUAGCUGGUGUAUCAGAGAUUCUAGUGAUGUACCCACUGGAUGUUGUCAAGACCCGAGUGCAGUUGCAACAAGGAAAAGGUGUUGGAGGGGAAGGCUACAAUGGAAUGAUUGAUUGCUUUCAAAAGAUUAUAAGAAACGAGGGCUUUUCGCGACUGUAUCGAGGAAUUACAGCGCCCAUACUGAUGGAAGCUCCGAAGAGAGCCACUAAAUUCGCAGCGAACGACGCCUGGGGUAAAUACUAUCGCGGCAUUUUUGGCAUGUCCAAAAUGAACCAGCAACUCUCCAUCCUCACCGGUGCCUCAGCUGGUGCUACGGAGGCGUUCGUCGUCGUCCCUUUCGAACUCGUCAAGAUAAGGCUGCAAGAUCGGGCUUCAGCAGGGAAAUACAAUGGCAUGAUUGACUGUGUGGCCAAGAUCGUAAAAGAAGAAGGCCCCUUAGCUAUGUACAACGGUCUUGAGAGCACACUUUGGCGACACAUGUUGUGGAACUCCGGAUACUUCGGCGUCAUCUUCCAAGUCAAGGGAUGGCUGCCCAAGGCCGAAGGCAAAGGCCAGCAGAUACGGAACGAUCUGGUCGCUGGUGCCGCUGGAGGGACAAUUGGUACCGUCCUGAACACCCCGAUGGAUGUCGUCAAAUCCAGGAUACAAAAUUCGCCGAAGAUCAAAGGCUCCGUGCCCAAGUACAAUUGGGCCUGGCCUGCACUUGGGACCGUCAUGAAGGAGGAGGGCUUUGCAGCAUUGUAUAAGGGUUUCUUGCCCAAAGUUUUGCGAUUAGGUCCUGGCGGAGGCAUCUUAUUGGUGGUCUUCACUGGGGUGAUGGAUUUCUUCAAGAAAAUGAGAGGCGAUGCAUAA